CUCCUGCACCACCUCCUUCUCAUUCUGUCUAAUCCUCUUUGGUUGCUUCUGUCUCUCGUUUACAGCUUCUCGAACUACACCCGACGCUCGCUCCGUGUUGUAGUCCCGACUUUAUUUCCUGCCGUUUGCCAGCCUUGUAAUAGCUGGAGGAAGUCACCUCCACGCACCUUCCUCGCCCAACUAUCAUCAGCUGCCUAGGUAGGUACCUAUUUAUAUGCCACAACCCCCAGCUGUUUACCUUGCACAGCCGUCUCACUCUCCAUUCCAAACAGCUACCUUAAACUCGUUUCUUCACCUCGCCUUUUUGGACGCACUAGAGUCAUCGCGAACAUACUUUCUGCUCGCUCGGAACAUCUAUUGAUCCAAAUACACCACACCAGCACACCCCAGGCAACAAUGUUUUCCAGACUGAUCUCGGCUACGGCCGUGGCUCUUGCGGCCACGAGCCUCGUCUCUGCCCAGACCUCGUCUCUCUGCAACCCAGUCAAGGGUGACAAGUGCCCUGCGGAUAAGGCCGUCGCUCCAACUGCCGAGGUCGACUUCACUAAGGGCGCGAGCGACUUCUUCACCCUCGCGGACGGCACGACCCUCACCUAUGACGCCCAGAAUGGCGCCCACUUCAAGAUCUCGAGUGACUCUAAUGCUCCCACCAUCACGAGCAAGCAAUACAUUUUCUUCGGAAAGGUCGACGUCUGGCUCAAGGCGUCCCCCGGCAAUGGUAUUGUCACUAGCCUCGUACUGCAGUCAGAUGAUUUGGACGAGAUUGAUUGGGAGUGGCUCGGCGGCGACAGCGCUCAGGUCCAGACAAACUAUUUCAGCAAGGGCGACGACAGCACCUACGACCGGGGCGGCUUCUCCCCCGUCUCCAACCCCCAGAACGAGUGGCACAAGUACACGAUCGACUGGACCAACUCGUCCCUGACCUGGCUCAUUGACGAUGCCGUCGUCCGUGUCUUGAACUACGCCGAUGCCAAGGGCGGCUCUACCUAUCCCCAGACCCCAAUGCAGAUCAAGCUGGGCACCUGGGUUGCUGGCCGCAAGGACGCUGCUCCGGGCACCGUCGAGUGGGCUGGUGGUUACCCCAACUACGCCAACGGUCCGUUCAUUGGUUACUAUAAGCAGGUCUCCAUCAUCAACUAUAGCAACGGCGUCAAGGGCGCCAGUGAGUACGUCUAUGGUGACUCGUCCGGCACCUUUGGGAGCAUCAUCGUCAAGACCGGGGGCUCCACGGAUGUGGACCCUUCUCCCUCGUCUUCCCGCACCUCGUCGAGCACCUCCAAGACCAGCACCUCCUCCAAGACUAGCCACUCGCCGUCAGCCAGCGCCACCGUCUCGUCAAACUCGACUGCUACCGCGGGCGAUUCCAGCAGCACCGUCAGCGGAACUGGCCCCACCGCUACUGGCGCGACCACCACUCCGUCGACGACACCGACAACUGUUCCCACGAACGCUGCGGGCAACGUCGCUGUUACUCUUGGCAACGUCGCGGCGCUUGGCGCUGCCAUGUUCCUGGGCUCCCUUGCCCUCUAAGCUUUUCGGGACUGGGUUGAUUUUCACGUGGCAUCUCUCCCGCACCGAGCUCUUUUUGCCUCUUCGCGAUUUUAUCUUUCUUUUUUUUUUUCGCCCGGCUGCACUCCCUCUUGCUUGCAUCAGAACUGUAUCGUUGCAGUCGGGGCCUUUGAAUACCUUACAUAUCUUCGGUCUUGCCAAGGGUGAGAGAGGCACACCCUAGCAAUGCAUAAUCACGAUGCCUCGGGAUAGAAUGGAUGAUUGCGCAAGGAAUACCGGCAUUGCCGCUCCAAGGCCGAGCGUUGGGAGCUCUUGGUGUCGGUGAUAGCUGGUUGGUUUUCCGGAUUGAAUAUACUUGACAGAAGGGGUUGACAGCAUUCCCUCUUACUACGGCCUCGGUAUGGAUGGUACCUCGAGAACUAGCUAUUGUUAAAACAAGACUCCAGUGCCUUCGCAG